UCUCGAAGCAUCAAAAGUCUCUCUCUCUCUCUCUCUCUCUUGUACAUUACAGACAGUGUUUUAGGAGGAAAUAUAGAUGAUGAUGGCGAAGGCUUUGUUACCGGAGGUUUGGACGGAGAUUCUGGUGCCGGUGUGCGCGGUGGUGGGAAUAGCCUUCUCGCUGUUCCAGUGGUAUAUAGUCUCAUGCGUGAGACUAACCGCCGAUCGUGACGCGUCAGAAGAAGAGGAGAAGAAUGGAAAUGGGGAAUAUCUGAUAGAGGAAGAGGAAGGUGUUAAUGAUCAGAGCGUCGUCGCCAAGUGUGCUGAGAUCCAGACAGCUAUUUCCGAAGGUGCAACCUCAUUUCUCUUCACCGAGUACAAAUACGUUGGCGUCUUCAUGGUUCUCUUUGCCGCCAUUAUCUUUCUCUUCCUCGGCUCCGUCCAAGGUUUCAGCACCAAGACCCAGCCUUGCACUUACGACAAGACAAGGACAUGCAAGCCUGCUCUCGCUACUGCUCUCUUCAGCACUAUCUCCUUCGUGCUCGGUGCAGUGACUUCUGUCCUCUCUGGUUUUCUUGGCAUGAAGAUUGCUACUUAUGCCAAUGCUAGAACCACUCUGGAAGCAAGGAGGGGCGUUGGAAAAGCCUUCAUCGUUGCAUUUAGGUCUGGCGCUGUCAUGGGUUUCCUUCUCGCUGCAAACGGUCUCUUGGUGCUUUACAUUACUAUCAAUCUCUUCAAGAUUUACUACGGUGAUGACUGGGAAGGCCUUUUUGAGUCAAUCACCGGUUAUGGUCUUGGUGGAUCUUCCAUGGCGCUCUUUGGUAGAGUUGGUGGUGGAAUCUACACUAAGGCUGCUGAUGUUGGUGCUGACCUUGUCGGUAAAGUAGAAAGGAAUAUUCCCGAAGAUGAUCCAAGAAACCCUGCUGUUAUUGCUGAUAAUGUGGGUGACAAUGUUGGUGACAUUGCUGGGAUGGGCUCUGAUCUCUUUGGAUCAUACGCUGAAUCAUCUUGUGCUGCACUUGUUGUUGCUUCCAUCUCUUCCUUUGGAAUCAACCAUGACUUCACUGCCAUGUUGUUCCCGUUGCUCAUCAGUUCAGUGGGGAUUUUGGUUUGUUUGAUCACAACCCUCUAUGCGACCGACAUCUCUGAGAUUAAGGCAGUGAAGGAGAUCGAACCUGCACUGAAAAACCAGCUCAUUAUUUCAACCGUUAUCAUGACUGUUGGAAUAACUCUAGUGUCAUGGAUUGGGUUACCAUCUUCCUUCACCAUCUUCAACUUUGGGACACAGAAAGUUGUGAAAAACUGGGAGCUAUUCCUGUGUGUUGCUAUUGGUCUCUGGGCUGGACUCAUUAUCGGCUUUGUUACUGAAUACUACACAAGCAACGCAUACAGCCCUGUGCAAGACGUGGCAGAUUCAUGCAGGACUGGAGCAGCAACCAACGUUAUAUUCGGACUUGCUCUUGGAUACAAAUCGGUCAUAAUUCCAAUCUUUGCGAUUGCUGUCAGUAUAUUUGUUAGCUUCAGCUUUGCUGCGAUGUACGGUGUGGCUGUUGCUGCUCUUGGGAUGCUCAGUACCAUUGCAACUGGUUUGGCGAUUGAUGCUUAUGGUCCAAUCAGUGACAAUGCUGGAGGCAUUGCUGAGAUGGCUGGAAUGAGCCAUCGCAUCCGAGAAAGAACCGACGCUCUUGAUGCUGCUGGAAACACCACUGCUGCUAUUGGAAAGGGAUUUGCGAUUGGUUCUGCUGCUCUUGUGUCGUUGGCUCUGUUUGGUGCAUUUGUGAGCCGAGCAGGAAUACAGACGGUGGAUGUGUUGACCCCAAAGGUCGUGAUAGGGUUGCUUGUUGGAGCAAUGCUUCCUUAUUGGUUCUCUGCAAUGACGAUGAAGAGUGUGGGAAGUGCAGCUCUGAAGAUGGUGGAAGAAGUGAGGAGGCAGUUCAACACCAUCCCGGGACUCAUGGAAGGUACUGCGAAACCAGACUAUGCAACUUGCGUCAAGAUCUCAACGGAUGCUUCCAUCAAGGAAAUGAUUCCUCCUGGUUGCCUUGUCAUGCUGACUCCUCUCAUUGUCGGUUUCUUCUUCGGCGUUGAGACCCUCUCUGGUGUCCUCGCUGGCUCCCUUAUCUCCGGAGUUCAGAUUGCGAUAUCAGCAUCUAAUACUGGUGGAGCCUGGGACAAUGCCAAGAAGUACAUUGAGGUAAGCAAGCUUUUUAUGUGUGUGAGAGAGAGUUUAUAUGGUGAAAAAAUAUCAGAAGAGAGAGCAUUGAGGAUUGUUAAAUGAUGAGUGCAGGCCGGUGCAUCAGAGCACGCGAGGAGCUUAGGACCAAAAGGGUCAGAGCCACACAAGGCAGCAGUGAUAGGUGACACAAUAGGAGACCCGUUGAAGGAUACAUCAGGACCGUCGCUUAACAUAUUGAUAAAGCUAAUGGCUGUUGAGUCUCUCGUCUUUGCUCCCUUCUUUGCUACACAUGGAGGUUUCCUCUUCAAGAUCUUCUCGUGAAGUAGAAGGCUAACUUAUGUAUAAAAAAGCAUGCUUACUCUUUUACAUCUUUUUGUUUUCGGUGGCGGUGGUGGUUUACUUUUUGUUUAAUGGUUUCAUUAAGAAAACUGAAAAUGAUUUUAUAUAUUAAAACAGAAGUCACAACCUAGAUUCAUGUGUGAUUUUUUUAAAAAUGGACUAUUCCUUAAGAAAAUUAUGAAUUAUGAAGAUUAUCAAAUGUUUCAUAAUUUAAUGAUAAUAUCUUUAAAUAUCUUUAUUUUUUUAUUUGAAAUACAAAUGAA